CUCUCCUGAGCAAGUCCAUGGCUGGGCUGAUGUUGAUCCUUGUGAGCAACUUCCGCAUAGCCUGGCAGGCAGCCUGAGAUGGAGCCCUCCUCAGAACAUCCCCACCUCUGCUGGGCCACACGGCUCCUGGGACUCACCAGCCUCCUCCUCAGCAUCUGCAGCACAGUGGCACAGAAUUCUGGACCACGUGAUUCUGAAGCUCAGGAUUCUGGAUUUGUUCCCAUAUAUGGGAUACGAGGAGGUUCUGUGCUGUUUCAUGUGAUCAAGGAGCAAGAAGCUGACCCAGAGGAAGUCUCAUGGGGUUUUGGUCCUGAGUCAAACUACAGAGUCCUGCUGCGAGUCCGCCGUGGGGCAGAAACCCCAACCUGGGUCAGCCUCCAGGACAAGUACCAGCAGAGGGUCCACGUACCCAACGUGAGGUCUCUGAAGAUUGAGAGCCUGACCUCUGAGGACAGUGGGCAGUACCGGGCUCGAGCCAGCUUCACUGGAGGAAUAGAACGUACUGAGGUUUUCCACCUCACUGUUGAUGAGCCCGUGAUCAUUCCUGAGAUCCUGGUCAAGUCAUCAUCCAUCACACCAGGCUGGUGCAAUAUCACCCUGGAGUGUAAGUCCCCAGGAAACAGAGAAGACCUGAGUGUGACAUGGGAAAGCAAGGGCCUUCCCAGGGAGCUGGAGUGGAGUGGGACACCGGAACUAGCCCCCAACACCUGGGAACUGACUGUGAAAAGGUCCCUGAUUCAGUCCAGUGCCAACUUCAUCUGUGUGGUCAGCAACCAUGUGGAGAAGAAAACUGCCUCUGUAGACUUUGCACAAGUCUGUUCCCAUGGUUCACACAGACAGAUGAUGGCUGACUCCCUUGGAGGCAUCCUAUGGACCAUCGUGGUUCUGCUAUUCUUCCUGGGAACUUGACUGUGCUUUUGGAAAAUGUAUAAGAGGGAAAGGAACAUGGAUACUGGAAGAGGCAAGUUGCACUUCUUUUUCGUCCUCAGAUAACUCCUCUCUUCCACUGAAACCCUUUUUCUUCACUUUGCUGCUCAGAGAUUUCCCCCUGCAAAAGGGCUGGUGGAUGUGAUAAUGACAUUUGUGUCAUAAUCAUGGAACUGGGCACAGGUUUUUGAGACUGAGAUUCAAGCUCCACUCUGUGUAUGUGUGUGACUCAGAAGAAGCAUUGCAGGAGGACCAGAGGAACCAUGAUGAUGGCAAUGGGACAGAGCAGAGUUAAGAAGAGUAUCAAGAAGGCAUGGACCAGUUGAGAGGCCGGAGCUGUGAUCAUCCUGGGCUUUACCAGUUUCCUCUGCACCUACACUUGUGCUUAUUAAACCUAAUCACUGCUACUUCUGUCCCACUGCCUGUUUCUGAACAAGCAACAGUAUUAACUAGGAAAAUUUACAUCUGAGGCCUUUGUAGUACUGGGAACUUGUGGGGCACCCAUAAUCAGUGCGUGUCAGCAGCAUUGGCUCCAUGUGGGAUCUUUGUUGUUUGUUGUUUGUCUGUAAGUCGUGUCCUACUCUUUGCAACCCAAUGGACUGUAGCAUGCCAGGCUUCCCGAUGCUUCACUAUCUCAUGCAGAUUGUUCAAAGUCAUGUCCAUUGAGUUGCGAUGUCAUACAACCAUCUCACCCUCUUUUGUCCCCUUCUCCUCUUGCCCUCAAUCUUUCCUAGCAUCAGGGUCUUUUCAAAGAGUCAGCUUUUCCAUUAGGUGGCCAUAUUAUUGGAGCUUCAACUUCUGCAUCAGUCCUUCCAACGAAUACUCUGGACUGAUUUCUUUUAGGAUUGACUUGUUUGAUCUUGCAGUCCAAGGGACUCUCAAGUGUCUUCUCCAGCACCACAGUUUGAAAGCAUUAAUUCUUUGGUUCUCUCUCAGCCUUCUCUUGGGUCAGAGGGUAAAGUGUCUGCCUGCAAUGCAGGAGACCCGGGUUCAAUCCCUGGGUUGGGAAGAUCCCCUGGAAUAGGAAAUGGCAACCCACUCCAGUACUCUUGCCUGGAAAAUCCCAUGAACAGAGGAGCCUGGGAGGUUGCAGUCCAUGGGGUCGCAAAGAGUCGGACACUACUGAGUCACUUCACUUCACUUCACAGCCUUCUUUAUGGUCCAACUCUCACAUCCAUCCAUAACUACUGGAAAAAUCAUAUCUUGACUAUACAGUUCUUUCUGUCAAAGUGAUGUCUCUUCUUUUUAAUAUGCUGUCUAGUUUGGUCAUAGCUUUUCUUCCAAGAAGCAAGCAUCUUUUAAUUUCAUGGCUGCAGUCACCAUCUGCACUGAUUUUGGAGCCCAAGAAAAUAAAAUCUGUCACUGUUUCCACUUUUCCAAAUCUAUUUGCCAUGAAGUAAUGGGACUGGAUUGCAUGAUCAUACUUUUUGUAUGUUGAAUUUUAAUCCAGCUUUUUCACUCUCAUUAGGAGACUCUAGUUCCUCUUCACUUUCUGCCAUUAGAAUGCUAUCAUCUACAUAUUUGAAGUUGUUUAUAUUUCUCCCAGCAAUGUUGAUUCCAGCUUGUGAUUCAUCCAGCCCAUGUUUUCCCAUGAUGUUCUCUGAAUAUAAUUUAAAUAAGAGGGUGAUGAUAUAUAACCUUGAUGUACUCCUUUCCCAAUUUGGAACCAGUCUGUCGUUCCAUGUCUGGUUAUAACUGUUUCUUCUUGAUGUGCAUAUAGGUUUCUCAGGAGUCAGGUAGGGUGAUCUGGUAUUCCCAUCUCUUUAAGAAUUUACCACAAUUUGUUGUGAUCCACACAGUCAAAGGCUUUAGUGUAGUCAGUGAAGUAAAGUAGAUGUUUUCCUGGAAUCCCCUUGCUUAUUCUAUGGUACAACACAUGUUGGCAAUUUGAUCUCUGGUUCCCUGUCUUUUCUAAAUCUAGCUUAUACAUCUGGACAUUCUUGGUUCACAUACUGCUGAUACCUAACUUGAAGGACUUUGAGUAUUACCUUGCUAGCAUGUGGAAUGAGAACGGCUGUAUAGUAAUUUGAACAUUCUUUGGUAUUGCCUUUCUUUGGGAUUGGAGUGAAAAUUUAUCUUUCCUAUGGCCGCUGCUGAGUUUUCCAAAUUUGGAACUGGUUUAUGCUUCAUCUGCUUUUAGAAUCCAUUGCCUUUCAUUCCCAGAGUAUCAGUGAGCAGUGUCUGAAAGAAGAGUUGCCUCUCAGCGGUGUCUACCCUGCGAGCACGAAGAUCAUUGAAAAAGAGGGGAAUCCUGGGACACCUCCACCUGAUGCUGACAUCCUUCAGACACCUGCCUCUCCAAUUCAGGUUCAGCUCCAGCUGCCCCUGGUCUUUUACUUUGACCCAUGUGAUGACAGCUCAGCAAGAGAUUGAGCUGGAGUUUCAGAGCUGAUAAUGGGUUAAGUUUUAUCCUGGGCACUCUGCAAAUAUUACCUCUUCUAGUUCUCACAAGAACGCUCUAGGGUAGCUAUCAUGUUCUAUAUUUUACAAGACAGUAAUUGUUAUUUCCAGCUGGUUGGUGACAGAGGAAAGCCUUAAAUCCAACACUGAGUGAUUCCAAUUUUCACAUCUUAUCCUUUCUCUACAUGGUCACUGAAUCCUGGAAUAUUGGAUGGGAAUAUUCUUCAUUUGUUCCUCUCGCAAGGACCUAGCCUCUGAUGCCGCUGCUGCAAUAUGGACUGAGUUCACUGUUUAUGCAUCAGCUUGUUGCUAAUAGAAGAAUUACCCCUUAAAUGAACAAAGGGGGCUUGGUGCAUGGGAGACCUGGAGAGGGGGACCAUGACCUCAGUUUAGAGGAAACAUUCUGAGAGGACAUGCUUCUCAAUCUUGGGUCUUGUAAGAGUUCUUCCUCUCUUUACAAGGUGUGUUUUGGAUUUCUGCAGCCCAGUCUUCAAAGUAGCUCCCCUUCCAUUGUUAUUCAGCAGUCUGCUCAAUAGGUUUUACAUAAGUUUUUCAUUUAAACAUUCAAUGAUACUGUGAGGCAGAAAUUUCCACCGAACAGAUGGAAAAAUAAAACUUACAGAUGUUAAACAAUACAUUUAUGUUUCCCAAGUAAAGUAACAUGCCUGAUUUGGAUUUAUAGAGAAUUAUACUUUCACUAAUUUUGACUCUUUUUUCCUCCAUUAUUCCAGGCAUCCAGUUCAAGUCAGUUCAGGUCAGUCACUCAUUCAUGUCUGACUAUUUGUGACCCCAUGGACAACAGCACACCAGGCUUCCCUGCUUAUCACCAACACCUGGAGCUUGCUGAAACUCAUGUCCAUCUAGUCGGUGAUGCCAUCCAGCCAUUUCAUCCUCCGUCCUCCCCUUCUCCUCCCUCCUUCAAUCUUUCCCAGCAUCAGGGUCUUUUCGAAUGAGUCAGAUCUCCACAUCAGAUAGCCCAAGUAUUGGAGUUUCAGCUUCAGCAUCAGUCCUUCCAAUGGAUAUUCAGUACCGAUUUCCUUUAGGAUUGACUUGUUGGAUCUCCUUGCAGUCUGAGGACUCUCAAGAGUCUUAUUCAACACCACAGUUCAAAAGCAUCAAUUCUUUGGUGCUCAGUUUUCUUUAUAGUCCAACUCUGACAUCCACGCAUGACUACUGGAAAAUCGAUAGCUUUGACUAGACGGACCUUUGUUGGCAAAGUCAUGUCUCUGCUUUUUAAUAUGCUGCCUAGGUUGGACAUAGCUUUUCUUCCAAGGAGUGAGUGUUUUUUGAUUUCAUGGCUGCAGUCACCAUCUGCAGUGAUUUUGGAGCCCAAUAAAAUAAAGUCUCUCACUGUUUCCAUUGUUUCCCUGUCUAUCUGGCAUGAAGUGAUGGGACCAGAUGCCAUGAUCUUAGUUUUCUGAAUGUUGAGUUUUAAGCUACGUUUUCACUCUCCUCUUUCACUUUCAUUAAGAGGCUCUUUAGCUCUUCUUUGCUUACUGCCAUAAGGGUGGUGUCAUCUGCAUAAUUGAGGUUGUUGAUAUUUCCCCCGGUAAUCGUGAUUCCAGCUUGUGCUUCAUCCAGCCUGGCAUUUCGCAUGAUGUACUCUGCAUAUAAGUUAAAUAAGCAGGGUGACAGUAUACAGUCUUGGCAUACUCCUUUCCUGAUUUGGAACAAGUCUGUUGUUCUGUGUCCAGUUCUAACUGUUGCUUCUUGACCUGCAUACAGAUUUCUCAGGACAUCCAACCAAUAAUCAUCUUCCAUUGGGUUAUUCUUCAAAAUGCUUCUUGUAGUCCAUCCUCCUCUCAUUCCUUUAUUACUAUAUUCUACCUGCAGUUUCACCAUUUUCACAUUGCCACAAGCAUUAUAGGAGAAUUUCUGUGUAUAACUAUUAUACAUUUUUUGAUUAUAGCCUUUCUAGUGUGUGUGAUGUAAUAUCUAAUCAUCAUUUUUGAAUCAUUUCCCUAAAUAUAAUUGAAAUUAGUAGAUAAUUGCUUCUUGGCAGGAAAGCUGUGACAAGCCUAGACAGUGUUUUAAAAAGCAGAGACAUCACUUUGUGACAUAGGUCCAUAUAGCCAAAGCUAUGGUUUCUCAUAUAUGGAUGUGAGACUUUGACCAUAGAGAAGGCUGAGCACCAAAGAAUUGAUGUUUUUGAACAGUGGUACUGGAUAAGGCUCUUGAGAAUCCUUUGAUCUCGAGGAGAUCAAACCAGUCAAUCUUAAUGAAAAUCAACACUGAAUACACUCUGGAAGAACUGAUGCUGUAGCUGAAGCUCCAAUACUUUGGACACCUGAUGAGAGCAGCUGACUCUUUGGAAAAGACCCUGAUGCUGAGAAAGAUUGAACGUAGAAGGAGAAGAGGGUGACAGAGGAUGAUGUGGUUGAAUGACAUCACCAAUUCACUGGCCAUGAACAUUGGCAAAGUCUGGUAGAUGGUGAUGAACAGGGAAACCUAGAGUGCUACAAUCCAUGGGGUUGCGAUGAACUGGGCAUGACUUGGUGACUGAACAACAACAACAACAACAAUAAUGAUAACAAGGUUGAACAUCAUUUAUUGUGUGUUAACCACUUGUAUACCUUAUUUGAAUUAAUUCAUUUCUCUCUCUGAGUCCCUCUUAUCAUGCUUUAUUCCCCCCACACCAAUAGAACUGCUUUUGUUCAAGUCACUAGGAAACUUCAUUAAACUAUCAUUAAAUCUCAUAGACAACCUGUUUCAUCUCCCGUCAAUCUCAGCAGCAAUGGAGCUGUCUUUGCUUGAAUCCCUGCAUCACCUUGCAAUCAACAAUCACAAUCAUUUCUCUCACACUCAGUGGUAGCUUCCUAGUUGCCUUGACUAGUUUCUUAUUUCUUCAAUCUCUAAAUUCUGGAAUAUCCCAGGGGUCAGACACAGACCAUCCAUGUAAUUUUUCUUCACUAUCCAUACUCAUUGUUUUCUUAUGUUAUGGCCAUGUACUAAUCCCAGAACCUGUGACUAUGUAAACUUACGAGGCAAAAAUGCCUUACAGAUGUGAUCAAGGUUAAAGUCCUUGAGAUUGGGAUAUGAUUCUAAAUUAUCCAGAUGGUUAUAUUUUAAUCAUGGCAGUUCACAAAAGUGGAAGCAUAAGAGGUAGGAAAGUGAGUCAGAGAGAUAUGAGAUGAGAAUUUGACAUGCUAUUUCUGUCUUUGAAGAUGGAGUAAGAGGGACAGAAAUUCAGAACGUGUGGUGGUCUCUAGAAGCUAAGAAAGCCUACAACCAAAUGAAAAUGAAAAUGUCAGUCUUACAACUGCCAAGAACUGAAUUCAGGCAAUAACAAGAAUAUGUAUACAUGGGGCCAAUUUAUGUUGACGUAUAGAAAAACCCAUCACAAUAUUGUAAAGUAAUUCUCCUCCAAUAAAAUAAAUUAAUUAGUUAAAAAAAUUACCUCACAAUAGAAAAGUUUGAGUCAGUUAAGAAAACGAACAAGCAGAAAAUGGGUUCUCCUGCUGAGACUCUAGAAAGUAUUCUAGCUUGUGAAUACCUCAAUUUAAUGUGAAUGAGACUCCAGAUUUCUGAUUUUCAGAGCUGUGAGAUAAUAGUUUUCUGUUAAGCAACUAUAUUUGUAGUGAUUUAUUUUUUAUGGCAGUAAUAGAAAACCAAUAUAGAUAUCAUACCAUCUCAUGAUUUUAAACAUAUUGACUGCUCCAAAAAUUCUGGUCUGGAUUUCUCCAAGGCACUCCACUUUGGAGAGUGCAAUAAAUAUGCAACUGUUUACCUGACAUCUCCACUUAGAUGUAUAAUAGACAUCUCCAACUUUGCAUGUCUAUGUUUAUGCAGUUUUCCAAUCCCAAUAAAUGCCAUCUUGAAACUUCCA